AAUAUUUAUAUAUAAAGAAAUUAAUUCUAAUUAAUAUACUUAAUUAAUGGCGUCGGAAAGCGUUCUUAGGCUUCCUAUUAUUGAUUUUUCAGUUGAACAGGUACUGAAACCAGGUACACCCGAGUGGAACACCGUAAGGACCCAAGUCCGCGAAGCACUGGAAGAAUUUGGUUGUUUCGAGGCAAAGUUCGAUAAAAUACCAAUAGACAUUGAAAAGGCCUUAUUUGAUGCAAUAGAAGAGGUUUUCGAUCUUCCUUUACAAACCAAACAACAAAACAUUUCAAAGAAACUGUUUCAUGGUUAUGUGGGCCAACAACCAGUUGCCCCUUUGUAUGAAACCAUCCCAAUUAACCAUUCCCAUAUUCGUGAAAAUGUUGAAAUUUUCACUACUGCUUUAUGGCCCGAUAAUGGAAAUCCAACUUUUUGUGAAACUAUUCAUUCUUAUUCUGAACAAUUAUGUGAGUUGGAUGGAAUCAUAAGAAGGAUGAUUUUUGAGAGUUUGGGAGUUGAGAAAUAUUUGGAGGAACACAUGGACUCUUCCAACUACGUUCUUCGACUGAUGAAAUAUAAGGGGCCUCAAACCAAUGAGACCAAGUUGGGUUUGAAUGCUCACACAGAUAAAAACAUUGUCACUAUUUUGAAUCAGAAUCAUGUCGAUGGAUUAGAGGUCCAAACCAAAGAUGGCCAAUGGUUUAGUGUCAAACCCUCAUCUAAUACUACCUCUUUCAUUGUCAUGAUCGGAGAUUCUCUUUACGCAUGGUCAAAUGGUAGAUUACAUUCUGCAAAUCACAGAGUAAUGAUGAGAGGAAAUGAGGCAAGGUACUCAGCUGGAUUGUUUUCAAACCCAAAAGCAGGUUACAUGGUGAAAGCCCCAGAAGAGCUUGUUGAUGAUGACCAUCCUUUGUUGUUCAAACCAUUUGACUAUUACCAAUUCCUUGACUAUUAUUAUUCCAUGGCUUAUCGAACAGGCCCAAAGAAUCUCCACUCCUAUUGUGGCCUCUGAUCCAGAACAAUUCCUUUAUAUAUUUAUAUAUAAAGUAUUAUUAUUUGUAGUACUGUCGGUUUGUUUAAUUUGUCUUAAUUAAUUAUCUUCUCCACGACAUGUAGUAUGUACAUAGUACAUAUUACCCACAUUGGAGAUAUAUUAAUAAUCAUGUACUUUUAUGUUAUUGCUACAAAAAAAUAAAUAAAUAAAUAAAUAAUGUACUUUUAUGUUUUUAUUUAUGUCAUAAUGUAAUUUUAU